UUUUUGAAGUUUUAUGGAAUAACAAAAGACCCAGAGACCAAUGAGCUCAUUAUGAUUAUUGAAUUUUCAGAAAAGGGAAAUUUAAGAAACUUUCUUUUAAAUGAAUUCAACAAUACUUUAUGGAAAGAUAAAAUUUUGUUCUUACUUAAAUUAUCAUAUGAUCUUUAUAAUUUACAUAAAUUAGGAUAUUGUCAUAAAGAUUUUCAUAGUGGAAAUAUAUUACAAAUUUAUAAUCAAGAAACAGAGACCAAUAUUUCUUACAUUUCAGAUUUUGGAUUAUCAGGAUCAUUAAGUAAACAAAAAUCAGAUGGUAAGAUAUGUGGUGUGUUGCCAUAUAUUGCUCCGGAAGUAUUAAAUGGAGAACCAUAUACAAUAUCUUCAGAUAUCUAUAGUUUUGGUAUAAUUAUGGCUGAAUUAUCAUCCGGAAAACCACCUUUCCAUAAAAGAAAACAUGGUUCUAUCUUAGCACUAGAAAUAUGUAAUGGAUUCAGACCAGCAUUUGGAAAAGGAACUCCUGAAAUUUACAAGAAAUUAGCUUAUAGAUGUAUGAAUGCUAUUCCAGAUCAAAGACCAACAGCAAAAGAAUUGUAUUAUGUAAUGCGUUCUUGGAUAAAUAAUGAUGAAGAAACGAAAGAAAUAAGCUAUAAAGAAGAAGUUAAGGUCAUUUUUGAAGAAGCUGAUAAAGAGAUACCAAAUAUUUCAAUCUCAUAUGAAAAGAAUCCUGAUGCUAUUUAUACUAGUAGAUUAUUUACAUUUAGUAAUUUAUCAAAACCCAUUAACUCACCUAUUAUUACUUCAUACCUAAAUGAAGAAGAAGAAGAUAAAGAAUGUCAAGAUUCACAAAUAAUCGACUUAGAAGUUCCUAGUUCAGAAGACGAAUGCGACGAAAAUAACGCUUAAAUAUUCCAAUUAUAUUAAAUUCAUUCUAUAGAGGCUGUUUUUUUAUAGAUUGUUUUUUGUUUCCUUUUAUUUGUGUAACUUCAAAUUUAGAAUUAUUUUUCUAAGCAUUUACGUAAAAUGUACGUUGACAAAGUUCCAAUAGUAAAUAUGACAGAAGGGCGUGCCACAAUUGUCACAACGUGAUCUUAUCGUAGUCAAACUUACCUUAAAUAGUUAUUUCGCUGUUAAAUACCAUCUUGUAAAGAAC